GCCCGCAGGGCGCCGCCGCCCCCGGCUUGCGCCCCGGCGCUGGCGCGUCCGGGAGCCGCCGAGGGCCGGGGGAUCCUCGGUGUUCAAGCCGCAGGCGAUGCCAGACUGUGCCCUCGGGCUAAAGGAGAGGGACUGGAUUAUUUCCGUGGAGAGCGGAGCAAGCGCGAGUUGUGGCGGAAGUGGGUUUGGAGAGGAGACGCAGGGGUUAUCGGCUUGGAAGCAGUUCUCGUGCUUUAAGGCAGCGACUAGAAAUGGGAAGACAUGAAGAGCAGUGUGUGCGAUGUUUAGAGGCAGUGCCACUCAAAAGUUUUCCCCAAGUUCUGCUUUCCUGUCAUCUCAGCAUAGGAGCGGGCUGAUGUUUAUGUAUGCUGUCAGAGCAGAGGAACCUGCUGUUGAAACAGCAGAGGAAGCUAAGGAACCAGCAGAAGCAGACAUCAAUGAACUUUGUAAAGACAUGUUCAACAAAAUGGCCACUUACUUAACAGGUGAACUGACAGCCACCAGUGAAGACUACAAACUCUUGGAAAACAUGAACAAGUUGACUAGCUUGAAGUACCUGGAAAUGAAAGAUAUUGCUAUAAACAUCAGUAGAAAUCUGAAGGAUUUAAAUCAAAAAUAUGCUGCUCUUCAGCCAUAUCUGGAACAGAUCAACCUAAUCGAGGAGCAGGUUGCAGCUUUGGAGCAGGCAGCUUAUAAAUUGGAUGCAUAUUCCAAAAAGCUUGAAGCCAAGUACAAAAAACUGGAGAAACGAUGAAAUCUACAACAGAGACUUGACUUAAUAAUAAUGUUGAAAUUGGAAGUUGGGUUAAGAGACAGACUGAUCUCUGUUUGUUUAAGUUACAUAAGAGCAAUUACAUACAUUGCCAAGGAGUUGAUUGCAGCUGACAUCAAGACUGGCAACUUUUUGUAUCUAACCUUCUUGAGGCUGAAUAUCUGCCUCUUCUCAAAUGUUUCUGUUGCCUCAGUUAUUGCUCUGUAGUGAAAAAAAGUGAAACCUGUCCCAGACCCUUCUGUUGAUACUGGGUGUCUGUGUGUUAGUCCUAUGUCCCCCAUAAUAUAUUCUACUUAGGAAGAGCCCUCCAUAACCUGUAAAGAUGUUAUUCCUUAGUAGCAUGAGGACCCGAACCUCUUUCAAACCUCUCUUCUCCCCCCCGCUUUUUUUUUUUCCUUCAUUGUGUCUUGCUUUGAGAAGAUACCCUGGCCUUUGGAGUUGUGAGCAUGAUAUUGAAAGUGCUUAAGUUUGGCAUCCAUCUUUGUCUGUUUGAAGUAGAGAGACUAGUUAUGAUAAAUUUAUAAUAAAACUAAACUUACUUCA